AUGGCAGGCAUGGCCGCCCUCUCGGAAGUUGGAAAUUUCGUCAUUGAGAGUGUCUGGAGAGACCAGGCGGGCCGGGUUGAGAUCCGGUGGGCAGGGGAGCUGAGCGGCGCCGGGUGCCAGGCAUGGUUGGGUCAUGAUUAUAUCAGGGGCGCGGAAGGCGUCCAUGGCGAGACUCGUGAUAGGUCGCCAGCUCAGCCAAUAGAGCUGUGGCCCCUCCUCGACAACCCGACGCCAGGCGCGGCUUACGGUCCGUGGUCGGCCGGUGAACGAGUUCCUGGGUUAGCGGCGAGGCAGCCAUCCAUGCUGUGCGACCCCAAGGCCUCAGAGACAAGUGUGGCGCUGGACGGAAGGAGUGAAAACCGGAUCAUUGGCGCUCGUGGCGCAUCUACACCGGAUAUCGUGUACGACAAGGCUCCCAGACAAAGGCGACGAGAUUCUGCACACCAGCCAUCUAUUGUCAUCGGAAAAUGUGGAGCGCAAAAGCCUGCCGAGUCGAUCCGAUGCGGGCACUGUCCGUUCGUGCCAAGGCUUUGCCCUGUCCUGGGCAGCAUUGCUGGGGAGCAAGUUUCACUUCAGCUCGGCGCCUCGAAGGGGUGGUGCGGGGGUGCAUGCUCAAGGGGCGUGCGGCUGUUUGGUUUGGCGGUUCAGGAGCAGGCACGCAGGACACCCGAGCGCAACAGCACCGCCUGCCUUGCGGACAGCAAGCACGCCACAGGAGGGCGGCAGCGGGAUGGGUUCCGCGGCGACGACGUUCGGCCGUGUUCGUCCAACGAUCUCCCUGCCUAUCUGAGCAGGGCGAGAGAGACAGGGCGGGCGCCAAGGCUGGAUGGGAGCGUGUGA